CGCACAUGAUCAAAGAACAAGAAGGCUCUCUGGUCCUCGAGCAACAAGGCGCCUCCUGGAGCAGCCUAGGCGCCACUUGUUGUCGCUCUGAACAUCCCCUUCUGAACAGCCCGCAGCACGGCGCGUUGCGCUCCCUUCGACGCGCCGUCCGAGCUCUCAAACUACAGUGCGGAAUGCGCUCCUACACGUCACCCCCUCGUAAUACUUGUGACGAGGCUGCACUUAAGCGAUGGCACGAGGAGAUGACUAGCCGCAUGGACGGCCAAGACAUCAGAAUUCAACUCUUAGAAGAGCAGAACCGAAGGCUGAAUGUUAAAGUGACGUUCCUUCAACAAGUGAAUGAAGCCAAAGAAUUAGAACUCAAAGACGCAAUUCGCACAUUGUGUGCCAUGGAAACCCCAGCCGCAGGCUUGGGCUUAUCCCAGGAAAGAACUGCUGCCCCCUUUCAGGACGGGAAAAGCGAUCAUGUCAGCGCAGACGGCACCGGCGGGAAGGGACUCGACUUACGAACUUUGGAGUCACUGGACUUCUCUGUUGAUGUCUUUCAAUCAACCGGCUGCAAUUCAUUGCCGGCUGAGGCCAUUCUUCCAAGUCCCGUUGGCGUCAACUCUGUGGGUGGUGAAUCUGCACUUUCAUCUGGAGUCGGCGAGCCCGUUCUUACCAGCAAUCUGUCAGACGUACUUUUUGGAAGCAUGACUUCACAAACGUCCAGGCAGGCUCCGCCGGCAUGGUUUUAGAGUCUACGGUCUUACGAAAACGUUUCUUGAAUGAUGUUUCUGGUAUUGCUGAGCAAGAGGGAAAUCUGGUAGACGGCGAGCAAAAUUUCGCCGGCCGGGAUUGAAAGUUUAUGAUCAAAAUCUUGUCUUAGAUGCGGCGUUUUGAAAUCGUCAACUGAGGGGAAGAUCAUCUCGUAGAUGCCGAGCGACACUUCGCCGGCGGGGGUGAAAAAAGUUCAUGGUUAAAAAACAUUGUCUCAGAUGCUGAUUUCUGGUAGUGCUGAGCGAGGGUGAGAUCAUCUCCUAGACGCUGAGCAAAGCUUCGCCCGCGGGGUAAAAAAAGUGGGGUUGAGAUCACCUUCUUAGAUGCUAAUUUCUGGUGUUGCUGAGCGAGGAGGAGAUCAUGUCGCGGACGCCGAGCACAGCUCCGCCAGCGGGGUACAAAAAUAAUGGUUAAAAUGUUGGGCUUCAACGCUGUUUUGGUAUAGCUGAGCAAGGGGGACAUGAUAGCAUAGACGCCGCGCGAACAACAAGAUUGCGAAGUUCUGAUAUAGCAGCGCAAGAAAGCGGGGGGAGUAUUAAUCUUGAGAUGAUGUGGUGUAUUAUUACUUUGGAAAUAAGUAAACGAUCGUGCAGGGGUGCAAUGUAAGUAGUAUGAGUGUAUCCAGACAUUACCCGCCUCGUCAGAUACGGCCCAAUGUGCUUGAUGCUUUUUAUGAGAGCC